AAAAUAUGAAACUGUCCUCAAGAUGAUUCGUUUUUUUUCCAAACAUUUUUUAUCAAACUCUAUUAUUUUCUCAAGACCUUCUUUUACUGGUAUCAACAAAACAACUAUGCAUUGGCAUUCUACUAUUGGUGUUGAACAAAGUGUCAGUAAUCACAAUAAUCGAUUACGACUAAUGGAAGAUGACUAUUGUAGUGAUCAUAGUACUCCCUUUUCUAUUGAUAUUGAUCAGCUCAUGAACGAACUGGCUCUGGAAACAAUCAAGGAAUUCAGUAACGCACAUAUGAUGAAUAGUAAGACUGCCACUUUACUUUUACGACAAUGGAUCCACCUCUUUCAGCCUAAACGUACCUUGGAGAUUGGCACUUUUACUGGUUAUAGUACUUUGGCCAUGGCUGCUGCAUUGGAUGAACAACAAAAUACUAUAAACGAUACUCUAUUAGUUUCUUUGGAAAAAGACAACACUUGUUUACAAAUGGCUUCUCGUUACUUGGAACGAGCUGGUUUAUUAUCCAAAGUGAAAUUUAUGCAAGGUGACGCUUUUGACAGUUUGGUGACUUUGGCAAAUGAAAAGAUACCAUUUGAUUUGAUCUUCAUAGAUGCUGACAAAGGUGGUUACAUCAAAUAUUAUGACUUUAUCUUGGAAAACAAUAUGUUGGCUGAUAAUGGUGUCAUAUUAGCUGAUAAUGUGCUUUAUUUUGGUCAAGUUCAUCGUACAGCAGGUUACCCUGAGGAUCAACCCAUACCAGCAUCGAAAAAUAUCAACAAAAUGGCUCGCAAGGUGCAUGCAUUCAAUGAACACGUCAGAAACGAUGAUAGGGUACAAUCAGUGACUCUACCCAUAUUUGAUGGACUUACAAUCAUCAAGAAAAAAAAAAAAAAGAAUCUUCUGACCAACUGAAUAUAUCAUCAUGACUGUAGUUAGCUCAAUUCUUUUUUUUUUUUUCCUAAGCAUCGUUAUUGUUAUCUUUUAACAGUUGUUCUUUUUUGAUUUAUCAAUAAAUCAUUUUUUUUUUAUUCCUAUUGACAUAUUAUACUACUAAU